CUACGCAUCAGUUGCGCAUGGCGGCUUUCGCGUGCCGUCUGAUGUUGGUGCGGUGAAAAUCGAUAGUGUCCUUUCACUGUGCUGCUCAAGGGAUACACCAAGCGUGCAAAUAUAGGUAUGUGGGACGCUGUUGUCGCAUCAGGUUCUACGUAACUCCUGCUCAAGUUGUGCAACUCGCAAAUAUUCGGCGACCCGGGCCACUCGAGGAUACCCCGUGCUAGGAAUGAUGACCCGCUCGUCGUCUCGCGGAUUGCGAGUCCAGAACGCGCCGAUGAGGCGAAGCACCGCGUAGAAGGUGUCCUGUGAGCAUGGCCGCGCGCCCAGUGUCGGUGUUUGCCGACCGAACUGGAGGGUGCGACGACACUGCUCGCGGCCAGAGGCUUCGUGUGCCGUACUGACUCGUCCAUAUGGCCAGCCGCUGUUUAGGCUGAACAGAACUGUGUACCUGACCUCACCUAGGCAUCGUCCCUUGCCGGCCUCGACACGUUCGAGGAGACGCGCUAGCAACGGGAACAGCCACGACAACGUCUCCUGCAGCUGGCCUUGUCACUGCAGCAGCUUUGACAAGCAACCAGCAUCGUUCUUUGGAUGUGCAAGACUGCAGGGAAGACGUAGCCAAAGCCAUUAUGGUAGCCAUAAUACGGGACGACAGAGCCGAGACAGGACUCCUAUGGGAACUAGUGCCAAAGAAAUCUCGAAGACACACGGGGGCAUCGAGUUAAGGACACGACAAAAGAGUAGGACAAGGACAGCACACAUUCAGGGCAGGAUCUUGAAAUUCCACGGGCAGCCACUACUGAGUGAAGGUAUGGAUAACAUUCCGAGCAGCUUCUCACAGCGAAAUGGACUGGAGCCCCGGAAGGACGAUUUCUGGGAGGCCCUCAGCUCCAACUAUAACUACCUCAUGAAUGAUGAGCUCAUUGCCACGUGCAGGGAGGCAAGUGGGGAACUGGACCUGGAUGAAGAGGCACGAGUGUCGCCGCCGUGCGAGACCCUUUCGUUUGCCGAGUUUGUCCGCCAGUUCAACCUGCUGCAUGACUGGUUACAUCAGCUACAGUCAUCGUUGCUUGACUCGGCCUCUGACCACAAGGCCGAGGUAGCUGAGUUUGUCGGUGGUGAGCUGCGUCGUCGCCAGCCAUCACUGUCGCUCUUCCUGGAGGAAGCUGAGGGGCUGGCAGUGUUGCACCCCACGCUCAAGGAGGAAGUGAACCGGCGAGUGAACCUGUUGAGCAACAAGCGUGAGGCCGUCCAGCGAGCCCUGGACCCCGACCGGGCAGCUGCACUGGCUCCUGCUGUUGGGGAGGCUUUCCAAGAAGUGGCUCAGGAAAUGCGCUGCUUGAGGCGUUGGCUCAAGGAGCUGGAGGCCCGGCUGCCUAGCCAGAUGGCCAUCUCUUCAGCGUGGACGCACACUGAGAUCCAAGAAAGAUUGUGUGCCCAACAGGUUCUGCAGCAGGAGAUUGAGUCUCGAAGCGUGCUGGUCAAGUCCCUGCUGAGGCAGUGCGAGGCACUGUGCGUGGGAACGAACGCGGCUAGUAAGAAUUCGACCCCGAGUCCAUCGCAGCUGCCACCGUCCCAUGCUAAGCCAGCAGUCGCGCAGCAGCAGCAGGCAGCCCAAGACGGCGCCGCCGCGUGUCCCGCAUCUUCGCUCCAGCCGUUGUUCGCCAACGAUGCCCAGCGGAUCCGACGCGUCGCCACGAACCUCGAAAAGCGUUGGCACGCCCUGUGGCUCCGUUCUCUAGAGUGGCAGUGCCUGCUGGAACAGCUUCUGCAGGGGUCAAGGGGUCUCUGGGAGACGGGCAGUGACUGCUGCUUCGGUGAUGAGCCCAAGACCAAGCAACCACGCUUGAGCUGUGAAUGGGACGGCAGCAGCAGCACAGCAAGCGACAGAACCAUGGAAAUUGGCAGCAGCAGUAACACCGGCACCAAGGAACCCCGCGCUGAAGACCAGCUGACCUCCAUGCCUCCAACGGUCUCUGUACCACCCGCAAGGCUUGAGAAGGGUGUCAUGGUUGGGCAGACGGGCAUCAUGGACCUUAAGUUGGCCUGCAAAGGAGGGCGGCGCUUCGAGGUGCUCCACGACGUUGGGUAUUCGAGUGAGAGCUCGACGCAGCUCUCCAGCGAAGACUGCAUCCGGAUCUACAGCUACUCUCCGGAGCUGGCGGAGUCGGUUUUCCGGGAAUAUCGUGACAGCCUGGCAAGAGAUGGCGUCGACGGAUGUGGCAUAGGCGACAUCAAUGGCAGUGCGGCCCUGUACAAGGCGGCUGACGAGGAAGAGUACGAGGAAGGGGAGUAUGAGGCGUCACCGCUCAUCCAGUCGAGCGUCUCAAACGUCGACUUCUACAAGAUGACACUGCUCGAAGAAGCACCAUUCUCGGACCAUAAUGGAGAUGAUGUCAUGGCCGCUGCAGGGCAGCUGGAUGAUGAGUUGAUGGACUUCGCGGAGCUGGAACAGCUUGGUGGUGAUGCAAAGGCCUCUGCAGCAGGUGUCGACGGCAAGUCAGAACGAGUUCGGCGCUGGCUUCAGAACUGCGAGUCUGCGCCUUUGACUUCUGCGUCCGCCGAAGAGGAGGAGGAAGACACAUCCGUGACAGGAGGCAAUGAGGGUCGCGUCGACAGUUCUUGCGAUGCGAGUGGCGAGUACACUACGAAUGAUGAAUCCGAGGAACCUGGCAAUGAGUCCGACGGAGCUGCCUCGUCUCGCCGUUCUUCUCGUGGCAGCAGCAGUCAGGGCCUGGACACUUCACGAAGUAUGUCGCUUCUCAGCAAGUCAGGCACUGGCUCUGUGGAAACCGUCGUACAGGUUGGCUCUGCCCUCUCCGAAGGGGACGCAGCAGCGACGAAAGUUGUCUUGCGCCAGGGCCUGCGCAAGAAACGCUCACGCGAGCGUCCCUGGAGUGUUAUAGAGCUAGGUCCAUGUGGAGCUCUGCAGCUGUGCCCACACUCGACGUCCGAGACGGCUCUGAACUUGCUGGCAUCCACAUCAGCAGUGAAGGCACAGAGUCGGCCACGUACGAGCUCAGUGGGUGUUCAGAAAGACCCCUCAUCGCCUGACCGCCGACCGCAAAGGUCUCGUGGCCUACGGGGAUUGCGCUCUGGCUCGAGCUCGGAGGCCCUGUCUGGCUCUUCAUCAGCACACAAGCGGCAGAAAAGUGGAGACGACAGCGGACGCCGCCUGAGACGAGCCUCCGCCACAUCCCUUUCAACAGGCACCACUGGGUCUCUGCAGAAUGUGUCUUCAUCUUCGGGCACAGAGAACUACCAGACAGGCAGAGAACAUGGAAUCUGCACGUCUGUACAGGACUGCCUUCCGUACAUCAGCUCCAAGAGCCACCUGUUCUCGCGGGCGCCCACCUUGGCCCAUGUGGAGGAGCAGAGCUCAGUCUCAGACCAGGUUUGGGAUGAUUACCAGGACCCACCGUACUUCAGCGAGCCCUACUCCGAGCAGACUGCAGAUGAGGACCAAGUGAAGAAGCUGCUAGACUUUGGGGACGACUACUGGGCCUUCAUCGGGAGCCCAUCGGACACUUCCUCGCUCAGCGGCCAGCCCAGAGACCUCCCAAGACGAUCCCCACACAAGGGCCGCCCUGCCACCAAGCCUGGGGGCACUACGGAGUUUGACUCGGAUUCAGACAUCGAGGACCUUCACCACCUGUUGGGCCAGAGCACUCGUGCUUAUACCUUCAUUCGCAACAGCCUGCAUAAGAUCGCUGCCUCUGGCAUGGAUGCUCCUCAGGGGCCCCGGGAGAAAAUGUCACCACCUAAAUUUGCGGAGCUGGUGGCCACCUGCCAGACCAACCUGCACUGGUUGAAGAUGAUCCGCAUCCACCUCCAGAAUGGAGAAGACUCACCACAGCUACAAAAGCUCAUCAGCCAGUGGGAGGCCCUGGUGAGGGAACUGCAGGACGCCAGCAGCGGCCGUGUUCAAGUUGGGUCGACAAGCGAUGGCCGCGACGAGAAGGCCAUGCCGAAAGGUGCGUCAAGCCAGGCCGAUGUGCUCCGGAGCAUUCACACGCUUCGCGAAGAGCUGAGCAACCUGACGGCACUCGUCAACCGCCCUCACCCAAUGGCAACGACCGAAGGCGACUGUGCCAGGCCACUGUGCCAUGACUUCCAGGCUGUCGAGCGGAGAGCACAGGAACUCAAGGUGGCACUGGCUUCACUGCACGACAUCCGCGACGCCCUGUUGGAAGUGAAGGUGAAAGCCCACCGGCUUGGUGCGAGCGGCUGCGGAGAAGAUGUUGACUUGGCCAUUGGGAAGCACAUCCAGGCUUUGUACCGCCAGUGGGAUGACGCCUACGAACAAAGCGGCACCAAGCUGACUGAGUUGCAAAAGAUGCAGAGCGAGUGGAAGAUGCUGAAAGAUUCACCUCCAAAGUGCCCAGAUGCUGCAAAGACUUUGUUGCAGGGCCAAGCAGGAGUCCCAAGUUCAUUGGAGAAGCCUUCAACAAGCAGGAAAGCCAGCACCGUGACUGAGCAGUCCCACAGCCAGAUCACAACGAAUGGCAUGUUGACGGCACGGUGCACAUCGGAAGACUCGACAGGGGCUGGCAGCAGGCGGAAGCGUCUCUGGCGGGUGCUCAAAGCUGCGCUGCCUGUCCAGGUGGCGUUGGUGCUGCUUUACUGUGUUGCCUGUCUCCUGGAACCACACUGCUGUGAUCUGCUCAAUAACUUCCACACCUCGUUUGGGCCACAGCUCAGAUACACACACGGGCCACCGCCCAUUUAAGUGUUGGUGGAGCACCCCAAGUUGCACAAUUUGACGCAUCAUCUUGCCUAGAAUGAGCCCCACAGUGCAACGGGGUCCAAGAUGACCCGCAUGGAUCUCUUGACUGGCCAGACUGAUCUAUGACUCUGAAUCCAUCCAACAAGACGAAGCAUCCCUCCCCAGCACAUUGCAUUGUACGGUCAAGGAGAGGAGAAGUCCACACAAAGACACUGCCACCAUUGACCCACGUCGAAAAACAACGAGCAGCCUCAGUUUGCUCGGGACAUCACUUGAUUCAGCUUGCUCUCUUCUGUGUUCAGGUUGCUUUCUUCCUCUCUUUUUUGUCUGUGGUGUUUCGUUGUUUGUGCAUACUCGUCGUGCUUCGGUUUUCAUUAUCCAAAGUGAGACGGCACGUCAACAUUUCUUGCGUGCAUUUUCUUAGGAUUAUCGCAACACACAUCAUUAUUAUAUCUUUGCACACAAGGCGUACCACUGUGGAAUACUUCAUUAUAAGAAGUGUCUGUAGAAAGUGCAAGAAUGUUGAAAACAAAUGUGACACACUUCCUGUAGAAAUAGAAGCGACCUUGGUCUAUUCAGGCAAAUGGUUUGAAAUUCAUUGCUUCAAUUUAUCAAAGUUCAUAGUUUCAUCGUUAUUUAUUUUGAGCAGAUUUGGUGACACUUUGCACUUACUAUGCAAGCUGAAAACAUAGGCUUGCUUAUAGCUAUUGAAACAGCCAUUUCUGGCUUUUCGUUAGUCGCCAGUCACUAUUACUUCCAUAUGCAAAAAUCAAGCACUCCAUUAAUAUUAGCGGAUGCUCUAAAAGUGCUCAAUGACAAAACCGCCACAUCACAUUGAUCAUGUCAUUCACGCAUUCAUCAUUGCAUCUGGUAGAAGAAGGUAGCAGAUGUUCUACUGCACGACUAGUUCGUCAGUACUGGCGACGACUGAGGCAGCAGUUUCCAUUUUGCUUUUUUUUUUUUUAAAUCUCAUGGUGAUGUAUUUGCUAUGCAGCUGUGUUGUCUUUUAUGAGAUCAUACAUAUCGGAGUUGUGUCCAAUGUGUGACAUGGCUCUUCGAUUAUCACUGUUGGCAUCAAGUGCUUGGCUGUGUAUGAUUUUAUGGUGUUGCUUUGCAAUUAAGGUUGCCACAUUUGUUGUGGGAAAAAAAAAAAGCAACCAUGGGAGUCUGCUGUAGUGGUGACUGUUGUUAGAUUUGCUGCAAAUAUCUGUUGGUUCAAGCGAAACAAAAUUACCGAGUUAUGUGCAACAUUGAUUGCAGAUGAAAACAAUACAAAGUAAAGAAAGGUGUUGCACUUUCUCCAGUGUAAGUGUUGCGAGGACUCGGAAGCUUAAUUUGCUCACUUUACUGUGUCUUCUAAUUUGCUGUUAUGCUACCUGAUGGAUUCUGGCGGGACAUGGUUUGUCAGUCAGCCACCCAGAUGAAACUGGAAAGUUCACAACAGCCGCUAUCGGCAAAGUACCGGCUGGUCCAGUUUAAAGCUAUAAUGGUAGUAGCCCUGUUUGCAAUGCAAGGCAGUAGUGCUUUUAAAGAAAUGCACUUUAAACAAAUCAUGGUAGUGAAAAAGCAUGAGAUAUAGCUAUCAUUUGCAGAACUGCUCACAAGCCUGCUGAUAGAGAACAUUUUCACCCGGUAGAAAAGAUUGCACGAGAUGGAACUACUAUACAUAUAGCUUGCUCUUAGAGGGGCCCCGAACCACUUUUGAUUGAAGUAACGAAAGGCAUUUGAAGUGAAAAUAGGCUGUUUAAGAAAUACUUUGCUGCAAAAAUUACUUCAAUGCAUUCAGCAGAAGCGGAGUUAUUGGCAACCAAACAUGGCCUCCACUGGGCUCCCGUUCCUUCUUCGAUGCCUUGCACUGCAAAGGCUACUGCGUAGUGGUGCAUGCCCGCAGCGCUGCGCCUUCUAAUUGUCACUGUGGCGCGUAGUUGAAAUUUCAUUUUGGAUGUUAACGUAGACGUCGUGACUUCCAAUUUUGGUGCUUACGAUGCGCCAAACAUAAGCCAAACGCAGUUGUCCUCAGCGAGCUGCAGUGCGCUUAGCCACUGGACUCGUGGCGGAACCCCGCGGCGGCCACAGUACCUACGCUAUGUAGCCGACUGCAGCUACCAAUAGUAGUGGUGUAUGGGAAUCCACUUUAAUACGAAAUAAGGUGUAAAGCCUGCAUCCUUAAGAGAGUAAGGAGGCAGGCUUCUGUUGAAAAGAGCGUGUUGGAGAGAAAAGUGACUUCACAAUCGGCUUGCGAGCUCCACGCACCGUAUACGGCAGCACAACUUGGCUGAGAUGUUCACAGUAGCGCAUGCUCCCCGCGGACUAUGUUAUUUCACCAAGCCCGAGGGGUGGUUCGGGGCCCCUUUAAGGAGAGUAAGUAUGUUAAAACACUGCCCAGAGGGCAUUUUCAGCGCACUUGUUAUGCCAGCGAUGAUUACCGAUAAAGCCAGUACACUUCUUUGGUAGUAAGCAAGUUUUUUUCUUUUUUGUUUAAUGUUACUAUUUUUUUCCGUGAAACAGGGGCCAAAUCAAGUUUUUGAACAUGUAUUGCAUGCAGGUUUUUCGUGUCAGUGAACUCGUUAAGCGCUUAGUUCAUUGUCCUUGUCUUGUUCUGCAGUGUUAAGUUCACAGUGUUUUGUGCGCUAGCAUGGCACGGAGGACAUGCCUUGUAUGCCAUGCUUUCUUGUUUUUAUUUCUCCUGUUGCAUUAGCUGUGUCCUUUAAUGCAUAUUAUGGUUUAGCUGUUGUUGUCUUUGUAGAUUUUCCAUUAUUCUCUGGACUUCCAAUCAGAGCAUCUUGUGAGAAAUCAUGCCGAGUUCUAAAACAUUCAUUCUCACACUUCUUUUCCGGUGUUCUGGCAUCAUUGUCAAGAGUUUGAGACAGGGCUGUCAUAGACCUUUAAACCAUAGGCACCUGGGAACCAUAACUUCGACUAGCGAGGUUUGGUGCUUCAGCUGCUCACCAUUGUGACUGGCAGAUUUCCUCUUGUGUCACUGUAGGGUGGCACAGUGCUACAGCUCUUUUGGACAAGUUCCUGUUCACGUCCUGAGCUGACGUGCCUGACCCUUUAUCUUAAUCAUGUGCAUUUCCAUUCUAGGUCUUAUCAAUGUGCACCUUCGAAACAAUAAUCAGUUUUUCAGGUUUAAAUGAUUGCUGUUUUUUAAAGGACCCGCGUGUUGUGCACUGCAUGAAAAUUAUAUAAAACUUGAAUUUAUAUAAUUUGUUUUAUAUAAAUUCAAGUUUUAAAGUAAAAAAAAAAUUGUCUUCAGCUCUCUAGGGUUUCACGUGAACUAAAGAUUCAGUCCAUUGAUAUCAUGCAGCUUGUACCCAUCAUCAAAAAUGUUAGCUCAAGUUUCUCUUUGUUUUAUAUAUAUAACAAUACUUAAGUACCUUGAGAGAAAUUUAUUGUGCCUUAUUCCCACCACAUGAAGCAUGUUCUUUAAAAAGAAUGAACCAUUAGGUCUGGGCAAGUUAUCUUAAUGCUUUCCAUAGGAGCAUUGCAGUGUGGUAUCUUGAUGCCUUCAGAUUUGUUGCAAAACCUGUUUCCUCAUUUUUUUGGUGAUGGGUCUGCUUGAGGAAGUUGCUUGGAAAGGUAAAGUUGGCCACAAUUGCCUUGAUGCUGUGAUUGCUGCAGCUUACCCUCAGCUGUGGAGGAAAUAUUUUUCUACUGAAUAGUACAUGCAAUGCCUGUGCUUAAUAUAUUGGUGUACUCCAGUCUCCACAAAUGGAUGACAUGUUUCCCACACUGUGAACUCGAGAAACUUGAAAAAAAAAAAACAUACCAGUUUAUCAAUACUAUUUUCUAUAGAGCUUGUUGAUACUUUUUUAAAGUCAUGCGAAUGACCACAUCUUGUUAUUCUGUUGUUGCAGACUGUAGCCCACUUUCUCACUGGGAAUCAUUUUUCAGUUGUUUUUGUUAGAGCAUGUUUAUUAUUUCUCUCUAUUUGAUGUGGUCUAGCACCCCCCCCCCUUUUUUUUUUUAGAUAUAUCCAUUUUAAGUCAAAACAGCCCACAGUGGCAGAUUAAUUUUUUCAUUUACUUUCUUGUAGUAUUUAUUAUGCAAUUUCGUGCCGCCUUGAAUCACGAUUUCGGUAAGUGCAAAAUGUCAACACAAGCUCAUUGCGAAGGCAGGAUUUAUGCUUUGCGUUGCCACUAUCUAGUCAGAGCAAAAAAAUUUCUCGCCAGUUGUUUCUUAUCCUUGUUUUUUUUCCCACCCCCCUAUGAAACAAGCCUAUUUACAACAAAAAAGACUAUGAUAAACAUCCGGUUUUAGAUGCGUUGAAUGUCUCACAGAUGCUCCUUCAGAAACAGAGCUCGCAUUGUUUUCCAGUGCUGUUUCUGAUGCAGUUGGCCAGCACCAAGCAGAACUGUACGCAGGUGCUACACUGUAUGCUAUGUAUGACUUCACUAGUGGCCUUUCUAGAUGUGUGGAAUAAAGUGAACAUUAUUGUCCA